AAAAUGCUGAUAUCGGGUCCAGCUUGGAUUUGACAAUGAAGAAGAUAAGAUGGCGAGCAAAGACAAAGCUGGAGAGUAAACAAUCUUCUACUCUGUUGCAAUGGAUCACGGCCUUCAUCCACGUGUCCUCCCGCCUUCCCCACACGGAUAUGAUAGCCCAUCCUGUCCGGCCACUUAUGAUAAUGAUAAUAAUAACCAUACGAAUUAAUCCUCCCAUCCCAUCAAUUCUGGCCUGGUUGCAGAGAAAGAUGGACCACGCUGCAGAAGCUCACCGGACGGACUUGAUGACCAUAACCAGGUUCGUCCUCAACGAGCAGUCCAAGCACCCGGGUUCUCGCGGCGACUUCACCAUCCUCCUCAGCCACAUUCUCCUCGGCUGCAAAUUCGUCUGCUCUGCCGUCAACAAGGCGGGUUUGGCGAAACUCAUAGGCCUAGCUGGGGAGACUAAUGUACAGGGUGAAGAACAAAAGAAACUGGAUGUGCUCUCCAAUCAAGUGUUUAUCAAAGCCUUGGUUAGCAGUGGCCGAACAUGCAUUCUUGUGUCUGAGGAAGAUGAAGAAGCAACCUUUGUGAAGCCACCAUUGCAGGGAAAGUAUUGUGUUGUUUUUGAUCCAUUGGAUGGAUCAUCCAACAUCGACUGUGGCGUGUCGAUUGGAACUAUCUUUGGAAUUUAUAUGAUCAGAGAUGGUCAUGAGCCAGAAUUAAAUGAUGUAUUGCAACCUGGGAAAAAUAUGAUAGCUGCUGGCUACUGCAUGUAUGGAAGCUCCUGCACAUUUGUCUUGAGCACAGGAUCUGGAGUCAAUGGUUUUACCCUUGACCCAUCAUUAGGAGAAUUCAUACUAACUCAUCCAGAUAUUAAGAUCCCAAAGAAAGGAAAGAUCUAUUCUGUAAAUGAAGGAAAUACUAAAAACUGGGAUGGUCCCACUGCAAAAUAUGUUGAAAACUGCAAGUUCCCAAGUGAUGGUUCAUCACCAAAGUCUCUACGAUACAUUGGAAGCAUGGUUGCCGAUGUCCAUCGCACAUUACUGUAUGGUGGCAUAUUCAUGUACCCUGGUGAUAAGAAAAUUCCCAAUGGGAAACUCCGGGUUCUAUAUGAAGUCUUCCCAAUGUCUUUUUUAAUAGAGCAGGCAGGAGGCCAAGCAUUUACAGGCAAACAAAGGGCUCUUGACUUGGUUCCGAAGAACAUACAUGACCGUUCUCCAUUAUUUCUUGGAAGUUAUGAUGAUAUUGAGGCAGUUAAAGCACUUUAUGCUGAUCCUGAUACUAAGGAAAUGUGAUGAAUCAUUUUCUGUAACAGCUUUUAACUAGUUGUAAUUCCGAUGUAAAAAAUGGGGUUCGGGGGCUAAAAUUCCCACAUUACUGAAAAAAGUGACAAGAGGUUGCGUUUAUGCCAUUUAUUAUGGGUAUCAUUGGGUGAUAAUCUUUUGUGGGUUUUGUGCUAUUUACCCUUCACCUGCUUUGUUUCUAGUGGUUUUUGCAGCAGAGAUCACAAAUUCCAUUGGGUGCCUCAUAUAGUGUCUCACAAAUAUAAAGAUAUAAGACAUCCCAUAUUGUUCCACCUUCAGAUGCACCUCAUGGGUUAGUUAUCGAAAGAGUGGAAGCCUGUUCUGAUCACAGUUAGCUACCUAGCUGGAAGUUAUAAUGCAUAGAAUCGUUAUUUAUGACAGUGACUACAGAUCAAUUCGCUACUACUUGAAUAAUUGUCUCCUUAUCUAGUAACCUCAAGGCACCUUUCCUCAAAACUAAUGACACAGAUGGACAAUCUCGAAGUAUAUGAAGCAUUGUCUCUGCAGCAUUGGGAAAAUUGAAGUGUAUGGUCAGAUAUAUGAUGCUUCCCUAUUUCAGCAUUAUUAAUCAAUUUUACACAUCACCAGCCAAAAAUACAUCGAACCUUUUUGAGUCGCUUGUAUUUUUUAACCCUUAUAGUUAGGAUCAGAGCAUAUUUUGAAAAAACAUAUAUAUUGAACGGUCAAUAUAACACAUAUACAGAAAUAAGAACAAGCUUAUUGGAUGAGGAAGCAAUAAAAUUAGGAAAACAAACACAUCCAAACACGCACAAAAAGGACGGUCAACGAGGACUACCUAAUGAACCAAAUUUCAUAUCCCAGACUACAUAUAUUUACGCCAAAAAUGCUCUAUUUACGCUGGAAACGUUAAAUCACAUAGUUUAGACUUAGUAUUUGAACACUCAUAUCUUGUUGUAUGUUAUCUGUUUCAAACGCAUUAUAUCUCGUUGGAAAGAUCAUUUUGAGUUUUG